AUUGAAACAGCCGCGUGGACGCUGGGCUGUGACUCAGAGUUCUGAUGGAGGAGGGGGCGGCGGCAGUGCCCGAGCACCAUCCACCGGCAAGACCGGCGGAGGCGAACGGGGACCUGCCGGGGAAGGCGUACCUGAGGGACGGGGGGGCGUCUGCCAGUGAUGUUGUCGCUCUGCGGUGUCCUGCUGAGCUGCACCCCGUGCCUUGUGGGGAGAAGAUGCCGUUCCAUCAUGUGACGGCAGGUUUGCUCUACAAGGGGAACUACUUGAGUCGCUCGCUAUCGGACAGCGACAGCGACGUGCUGGCCAGCAUCUCCGUGGAGGAGCUGGAUGAGAUUCGGGAGGCCUUCAAGGUUCUGGAUCGGGAUGGGAACGGCUUCAUAUCCAAGCAGGAGCUGGGAAUGGCCAUGCGCUCUUUGGGGUACAUGCCCAGCGAGGUGGAGCUGGCCAUCAUCAUGCAGAGACUGGACAUGGAUGGUGACGGACAGGUGGACUUUGAGGAGUUCAUGACCAUCCUCGGACCCAAACUUCUGUCGUCGGAAACCAGAGAAGGUUUCCUGGGAAGCACCAUAGACACCAUCUUCUGGCAGUUUGACAUGCAGAGGAUCACGCUGGAGGAGCUCAAGCACGUCCUCUUCUACGCCUUCAGAGACCACCUGACCAUGAAGGACAUUGAGAACAUCAUCAUCAACGAGGAAGAGAGCCUCAAGGAGAACGCCGGAAACUGUCAGACCGAGUUUGAAGGAGUCCACCCGUCGAAGAAGAACCGUCAGACGUGCGUGAGGAAGAGCCUCAUCUGCGCCUUCGCCAUGGCCUUCAUCAUCAGCGUCAUGCUCAUCGCAGCCAAUCAGAUGCUGAGGAACGGCAUGGAGUAACCACGCCCACUGUGAGCAGGCGGGGGUGUGAGGGGGGGCGUCGGCCAGCACCUGCACAUGCAUGCCAGUGGGUGAGGUCACGUCCCCGCCGCCCAGACAUGCUUUAAAAUCAAGAAAACAUCCUCUUUUUUUUUCUAUCUGGGUGACACCUUGUCACUGAGAAGCCAGCAUGAGGAGUCCCCGCCCCCUCUGGGGCUGCUCCUCCCCCUUUACUCUGACAGGGACUUUCAAGGGCUGACAUUACCCACAAUCCUCUGUCCCCUCCUUGAUGCAAUAACCGGGACAUGCACAGGAAGGAGCGCUUGAUUCCGGACCUGGAGAACUUUGGCUAGCUAGCGGUCUCCUCCAUGUGGACCACAUGACGGUUGUGGAAGGACACAACACGUCCAACACCGGACACGGUCCAGGCAACACAUGCUCCACUUUGGCACAAGGAAUGCUGGGAUUUCAUUCUUCUUUUCUUUCUUUUUUUAAACUAGAGCUUUGGCUUCGAACAAGAGGCGGGGAUCGAACGGUGGUCUCUUUGCUACAAGGCCUGCUACACCAACCCAACCCCCCAGCAUGAAUAUUCUUCCCAUUUGUCACCAUCAUGUGACUUUCGCUUCCCACCACCGACAAACGUGUUUAGUUGCUGGCGAGGAGACCAAGCGGCAACAUCCCGUCUCGUCCAUCUGUGCUGCGUGUGUGCGUGUGUGCGUGCGUGCGUGCGUGCGUGUAUCGUGCCCACAUCAAGAAAUGUUUAUAUGUCCACAUGAGGUGUACAUGAUGGUUCUACACAGUGGUGCAGCAGAAUAGACAUAGCCAUAGACAUACUAACAUAUUCUAAAUAUCAAUAAGCUAUGAUAAUAAUAAUUAUUAAUGAUAAUAUAAAUAAUAGUCGCAUGUGUUGUUUGCAGCGCCUCAUUGGUUGUCUGAGCUGUCCUUCAUUCUACAGACGUUUGAUGGACAAAAGAUGCAGAAGACGAGGACAGUGAAGGUACUUAAAUAAUGUAUUUGUUACAGUGGAUAUAAGAAGCUAGGAAACAUUUUUUUAAAAACAGCUUUUGUAGGAUUUUACCUUCACGUGUGCACCUGUUGCCCCUCCUUAAAACACGGUGAUGGAAGAAGCCACCUGCGGUCUGGCCCCGCCCACAUGUCUUUUGUGCGUGUUGUUGUGUCACGUGACAUGUUCCACUAAACACUGUGAUGCGUAUAACGUGUGCGCACCUUCUGGCGCGUGUGCACGUGGUCCAAGAAUCGAUCGUCUCCGCAAGUUGGCGUCUUCGCGCACCCUUCCACAAAGCCAUAAAUGUAUAAAUAAAUGCGCUUACACAUAUAUAUAUAUAUACACACACACACACACACACGGGCAUUCUCAAACUCAAACUCAAACGUGCUGUUUGGUUCGGUCUGGUUGCGUUUAGUGGUUUUGUACGUGCCAGCUCAGAGGACAAGCAGCAACAGCGCCCUCUGGUGGAGCUCACGGUCAACAUACGCAAUCCCAUUAGGAUUUCAAAGCUAAAGUAGGGUAUUUAUUUGGAACAAAAUGUACAGGACACCACAAGAAGGCCAUUGUUUGUUUGUUUUUUUAAUCUGACAAGAUGCAUAUUUUAUUCUUUUUUAAAUUAACCACCAAAAAAAAGUCACAGGUGUUUUCUUUUUAGAGGAACUUUGUAUUUGCAAUUCUCACGUAUGUCUCUUUGACUUAGUGCACGAUCCCUGCAGGACGGUUGCAUGAGUCCAUUCGUAGAGAAAAGCUUUUAUUUUUGGAAGGAAGUGUCUCCGGAGUAGCAUGGACGCACAUGUUUGUGUUGACACGUCCUCCUACAGUAUAUUAACCAAGCACACACUUGUAGACACUUUGCAUGGACAACACGUAUAGACUUGACAUUGUAGUCAGCCUGUAAAUACUCACAGCGUGUACAAAAACCUCAGAGCUGAUGCAAUAAAAGCAUUGUUUUUAAAACGACUCUCUUGGAUGCCUUUUUGUCAUCAAUUCAUCAUUUGCUCAGAUUUGUCUCCUUUGUGAACGAUCGUUCAAGGGGUCCUAUCCUCCUUUCAGGGGCUUUUAAAAUGAUAUUGGACCACGGAGGUGGCACUACAGUAAGUUUCUUUUCAUAAAGUACUCCAUAAAUCUUUAAAUUGUGUACAGGGUUGAUCUGUAUUCUCCUCUUGGCCGGAAUGCUUGGAUUCCGCAGCCUCCUCACCCGACCAUGACUACUCUUGUUGUGAUUGGUCAGGGGAUGAGCGUCUAAGCCCAUUAUUAUUAUUUCUUCUCAUAAUAUUUUAACUUUAUUCCCAUAAUGUAACUUUUUCCUCCCAACCUGAUUUUCCAAAAAUGACAAUUUAAUUUUGUUUUCAUAACAUUAAAAUAAUUUUUUCCUUUAAUAUUUCAGCUCUAAACUACUAAAAUGACAUUGUUUUCCCUCGUAAUAUGACCAGUUUAUUCUGGUAAAAUUGCAACUUCUCGUUGGAAUACAACUGUUUUGUCUUAAUAUUUAGACUUUAUUCUCAUAAAAUCACAGCUGUUUUUGUCAUUUCUGCUGUUUCUUUUUUUCAAAUGGUUUGGUUUGGUUUGGUUACAAUGGAAUACAUCUCAUGAAUCAUCCUUUCACAGCUCCACAUGUCCAAAAGGAGUAGGAAGAAGCAAAGCUUAUUUAAUCCUACCCCCAUCCAUUCCACAUCUAGUACUGUAUAUGUUGUUCACUUCCUGCAUUCCAUCUCAUGUAUUCUAUAAUAGAGUAAUAAUAAAUAAAUAACAGUAAGAAGACAAAAAAUAGAAAAAACCCAAAACAAAACAAAAAACGAACCUGACAGAACAUCAUUGUAAUGAUCAAGACUCUUCUGCCUUGUAUUUAGCAAACACCAACUGCUUGUAUUGUUUUUUGAAUUUGCUCAUGUCUGUACAUUGUUUGAGUUCCUUACUCAAUCCAUUCCAUAAUUUAAUUCCACACACGGAAAUGCUGUGGCUUUUCAGCGUUGUUCUCGCGUAUAAAUGUUUUAAGUUGAAUUUUCCUCUAAGAUCAUAUUUCUCCUCUCUGAUUGAAAAAUACUCUAUGAGGUUUUUGGGUGACAAGUUAUUAACUUUAUGCAUCAUUCUAGCGGUUUGAAAGAAUAGUAAAUCUGCUCAUUUUAAUAUGUAUGAUUUGAAAAAUAAAGGGUUUGUAUGUUGUCUAUACUUGGCAUUAUGAAUGAUCUUCACACAUCUUUUUUGCAGUACAGUGAGUGAGUGAAGAUUGCUUUUGGAAUUAUUUCCCCAUAUCUCCACACAAUACAUUAGAUAUGGUAAUACUAAGGAACAGUACAGAGUGUGGAGUGAUUUAUAAUCAAGCACAUAUUUUGCUUUAUUCAAUAUAGAGAUAUUUCUCGCCACCUUUUGUUGUACAUAUUUAAUAUGACAUUUCCAACUCAUUUUUCAUCUAUUAUGAUCCCCAGGAACUUAUAUUCUUUCACUUUUUCAAUGUCCACUCCGUUUAUUUGUAUUUGGUCGUACGUAUCCCUUCUGCUAUUACCGAAUAGCAUUAUUUUAGUUUUACUUAAAUUCAGGGAUAAUCUGUUCCUAUCAAACCAUGAUUUUAAUAUGACCUUUUCAUCCUUGACCUUUUUAAUGAGUUCUUGUGUGCUUUCCCCAGAACACAAGGCAGUAGUAUCAUCCACAAAUAAGAGCAAUUUUAAAUCUUUUGUUACUUUACAAAUGUCAUUGUUAUACAAAUUGAAUAAUUUUGGUCCUAAUAUGGACCCCUGGGGUACUCCACACAUAGUGUAUAAACUCCCAGAUGUAUAUUCUCCUAGCUUUACAAAUUGUUUCCUUUUUGCUAGGUAGCUUUUAACCCAAUUCAAUACUAAUUCUCUGAUUCCAAACCUUUCUAAUUUUGAUGUUAAAAUAUUGUGAUUAAUUGUAUCGAAGGCUUUUGUCAGAUCCAUGAAUACAGCUGCUGCACAUCUUCUGUUGUCUAUGGCAGUAGUGAUUUCCAUCAGUGCCAUAGAGGUUGAAAUGUUGGCUCUGUAACCAUAUUGUCUACCUGCUAGUAAUUCAUUCUCAUGAAUACAUUUGUCCAACCUGUUAUUAAAUAGCUUCUCCAUAAUUUUUGAAAAUUGAGGUAACAAGGAAACUGGUUGAUAGUUUGUAAAUUGAUGUUUGUCUCCUUUUUUAAAGAUUGGAACCACCUUUUGCUGGGAAAUCUUCCAGUCUGAAACGAUAAGUUACCAAUAUAUGUUAACGGGUCUACAAUCUCAUUAAUGACCCUUUUAACUGUUUCUCAUGUUAUUUUUGUUCUUAUCAAGUACAUGACUAUAAUAUUCCCUCUUACACGCUCUCAAGAUAGUUGUCAGCUUAUUUUUGUAAGUCUUGUGCUUUUGUUCUGCUUGUUUAGUCUGUUGAAUGAUGAAUGUCCUGUAUGAUGUAUGCUUCUUCUCACAGGCGUUUUUUAGUCCUUUUGUCAUCCAUGGCUGGUUGUUUUUCUUUUGCUUCUUGGACUUUUCUUGCCAUGGACAGUUCUUAUCAUAGAGCUCCAUAUAUGUAAGUACAUAGAAAGUUGUCAUAUGCUUCAUCCACAUCUUUUGCACUGUAGACCCUCUCCCAACUUUGUUCUUCUAGACCUUUCCUGGAGGCACGGAUGCUGUCCUCUGAACGCAGUUUUUGAAAAGUCUUUUUUUGUCGCCACCUGUCUUUUCUUAUAAUGUUCAUUGUAAA